CCUCUUCGGACAAUCCCCAAAACUGACCGAAGCAUUGGAACUCAAAACGCAAUUCUCUUCUCCUCCUUCUCGAUCCCCUUUGCGAUUUCUUCCCGAUUUCGUCGAGCGCAGUUGGAAGUUCGUCGGAGAAGAUGGAGCUGGGUUUGGUGGUGAAGCAAGCGGUGGCGGCGACGGCGACGGCGACGGCAACGGCAACGGCAGCGGCGAAGGCGGACGCGAUCCCGGCACGAACCCUGGGGUUCCGGGAUUCGCCGCGGAUUGGACCGAGGAGGGUCCGGUUUCAGCCCCCGGCAAGUGGCGCGUGGAGGAACCGGGCCGUGCGGGCGGCCUGCGACGGAUCUAGCCGGCCUGAGGCGGUGGUGCAUGAAAUUGCGAAGGCGACGGCUAAAAACGAGGCGAAACCGGCUCGGCUCUACGUCGGGCUGCCGUUGGACGCCGUCUCCGCCGGCAACGUCGUGACCCACGGGAAGGCCAUCGCCGCCGGCAUGCGCGCCCUCGCUCUCCUCGGCGUCGACGGCGUCGACCUACCCAUCUCAUGGGGCGUCUUCUCAAACUCCGGCGGCGACUGGUCAUCCUACCUCGCAGUUGCCGCCAUGGCACGCGAUGCCGGCCUCCGCCUCCGCGUAUCCCUCCACCUUCACGCCCACGGCCGUCCUCAAUUCCCACUCCCCCAGUUGGUCGAGCGCGCCGUCGCUGCCGACCCCGACAUCCUCUUCACUGACCGCUCGGGAGGCCGCCACCGCGAGUGUCUCUCCUUCGCCGUCGACGAGCUUCCCGUCCUCGACGGGAAGACCCCUUUAGAAGCCUUCGAGGAAUUCUUCCAGAGCUUCCGCGUCGCCUUCACCGACUUAAUGAGCUCCGCUAUUACUGACAUCACCGUCGGUCUCGGGCCCAACGGCGAGCUCCGCUACCCUUCCUUCCCGUCUUCCGGCGGCAAGUCUUCCACCGGUGUGGGCGAAUUCCAAUGCUACGAUAAAUACAUGAUGGCUGAUCUCAAAAGGUGCGCCGAGGAAGCCGGCAACCCCUUAUGGGGCCUCUCCGGACCCCACGACGCCCCUGCCUACGACCGCUCACCGGACUCCGGCACCUUCUUCAAGGAUCACGGCGGUUCGUGGGAAACCCCUUACGGCCAAUUCUUCCUCUCUUGGUACUCCGGCAAGCUCCUCUCUCACGCUGAUCGCGUUCUCUCCGUCGCAUCCAAGGUGUUCGGCGAUUUUCCGCUCUCGGCCAAGGUGCCGCUCGUGCACUGGUGGCACAACACCCGGUCGCGGCCGUCGCAGCUGACGACCGGAUACUACAACGCCGAAGGCAGAGACGGGUACGAGGCGGUGGCGGAGAUCUUCGCGAAGCAUUCCUGCGCCAUGAUCGUCCCCGGCAUCGACCUCUCAGACGCAGAGCAACCGCAGGGUGCGCGGUCGAGCCCCGAGUCACUUCUAACUCAGAUCAUCCGAGCAUGCAAGAAGCAAGGGGUGCGAAUCUCCAGCGAGAACUCUUCCAUCGUCGGUGUCGGCUCCGUCGGCUUCAGUAAGAUUAAGGAGAAGAUUAUGGGCGAGAUCUCAGGGUUGGAUUCAUUCACAUAUAACAGGAUGGGUGCUGAGUUCUUCUCGCCGGAGCAUUGGCCCCUGUUUACGCAGUUCAUCUUGAGCAUGUCGCUGCCGGAGAUGGACCCCGACGACAUUCCUACCGACGAGGAAACGCUGUCUCUUCCGAUGAAGUCGGUGGCGGAGAAAGACCGGCAGAUGCAGGCAGUGUAGUAAGUGUAUCAUUAUUAUCUAUAUUGAGUAAUGUCGAUAUGUUAAAACAUAGAUAUCCAAGAACAAAUUUGUACCAGUAGAACUAAAUUUCCAUGGAUCUUGCUAGACGCCCUAAACUUUUAUUUAUGGGAUUUCAUGGAAAUUGCCUUUCCGUCAUUUAUAGACUUUGUACUAUUCAGGAACUAAGUCUGUCCUAAAAUAAAGUUUCAAACUUGAUUUUGAUUUUUGUUUUA